CGCAAGGAUCGCAUUGUCGACUCCUGAUUUUCUUCCACCCUCCGCGCUUCCUUCUACAAUUUGGACUCAAGUGUUUUACUGCCCUGCUGGUGUUGCAUCUCUGAGCACAGGAGAGAACAUCAGUAUUAGCAAGACUGUGGUGGUGCACGCCUUUAAUCAUAGCACUUGGGAGGCAGAGGAAAUGGUGUCAUUCAGUGAUGUGGCCAUUGAUUUCUCUGCAGAGGAGUGUGAAUGGCUGGACCCCGAUCAGUGGAAUUUGUACAGGGAUGUGAUGUUGGAGAAUUUCAGCAACCUUGUGUUCCUGGGUCUUACCUCCUCUAAGCCAUACCUGGUCACAUUUCUGGAGCAAAGACAAGAACCUUCAGAUAUGAAGAGACAAGCAGCAGCUGCCAUGGAAACAGGAAACAAACACUCUACUGGCAAAGAAUGUGGCAAAGCCCAUCUUUGGAACUCACAACCUAUUAGCCACCAGAAAAUUAAUCUAAGAAAGAAGCCAUAUAAGUGUGAAGAAUGUGCUAAGACUUUCCGUUCUCCAUCGUUACUUUGCGUGCACAGGAGAAUACAUACAGGAGAGAAACCCUACAAGUGUGAAGUAUGUGGCAAGGCCUUCCGUGCUCCAUCAUUACUUUCAAAACACAAAAUUGUUCAUUCAGGACAGAAACCCUACAAGUGUGAAGUAUGCUGGAAGGCCUUCUAUUUUCCAUCACGACUUUCUCUGCACAAAAGAAUUCAUAUACAAGUAAAACCCUACAAGUGUGAAGCAUGUGGCAAGGCCUUCAAUUAUCCAUCACAACUGUCUAUACACAGUAAGAUUCACACAGGAGAGAAGCCCUACCAGUGUGAGGUAUGUGGCAAGGCCUUCUGUUUUCCAUCAAAACUUUCUCUACACAAUAAAAUCCAUACAGGAGUGAAACCCUACCAGUGUGAGGUGUGUGGCAAGGCCUUCUAUUUUCCAUCACAACUUACUGUACACAAGAGGAUUCAUACAGGAGAGACACCCUACCAGUGUGGUGUAUGUGGCAAGGCUUUCUAUAUUUCAUCACAACUUUCUUUACACAAGAGGAAUCAUACUGGUGAGAAACCCUACAAGUGUGAAGUGUGUGGGAAGGCCUUCUGUGUUCCAUCACGACUUUCUGAACACCAGAGAUUUCAUACAGGAGUCAAACCCUAUAAGUGUGAAGUGUGUGGGAAAGCCUUCCAUUUACCAUCACGACUUUCUGAACACAAGAGAAUUCAUACAUCAGAGAGAUCCUUCAAGUGUGAAGUAUGUGGCAAGGCCUUCAAAAGUAAACCAGUACUGUCUAUACACAAGAGGAUUCAUACAGGAGAGAAACCCUACAAGUGUGAAGUGUGUGGCAAUGCCUACAGUCGUCAAUCAGGACUUUCUGCACAUAUGUGGAUUCAUAUAGGAGAGAAACCCUACAAGUGUGAAGUAUGUGGCAAAGCCUACAAUAGUCGAGCAGGACUUUCUGUGCACAAGAGGGUUCAUACAGGAGAGAAACCCUACGAGUGUGAAGUGUGUGGCAAAGCCUACAAUAGUCGAUCAGGACUUUCUGUACACAAGAGGGUUCAUACAGGAGAGAAACCCUUCAAGUGUGAAUUAUGUGACAAAGCCUACAAAAGUCGAUCAGGACUUUCUGCACACAAGAGUUUCCAUACGGGAGAGAAACCCUAUGAGUGUGAAGUCUGUGGCAAAACCUUCAAAAGUCCAUCAGCAUUUUAUACACACAAAAAAAUUCAUACAUGAGAUAAACCCUCCAAGUUUCAGGUAUGUGUCGAAGACUUCUAUGUUCAUCACAAGUUUCUGAACACUAGAACAUUCAUACAGGAGUGAACCCCUUCAAGUGUCAAGUAUGUGGCAAAGCUUUCUAUAUUCCAUCACAACUUUCUGAACACAAGAGGAUUCAUAUAGAAGAGAAACCCUACAAAUGUGAAGUAUGUGGUCAGGCCUUUACUGAUCUGUCAUAACGUUCUAAAUAUAUAACCAUUCAUACAUGAGAAAGAUGUUGAAAUUGAAAGUGUGGCAAGGAUUUCAAUCCUCGAUCAGCAAUCUCUAGACACAAGAGAAAUCAUACGGGAUAGAACCCUGGAAGUGGGACGUAUGUGUCAUUGUUCCAUGCUGCAUCAUUCCUUAUAGUAUUUGAGAGAAUUCAUACAGGCAAGAAAUCAUACAACUAUGUGGAAAGGCCUCUGUUCCAUCAUGGCUUUCUGUACAGAAGAGCUUUCAUAUAGGAGAGAAACCAUACAUGUGUUAAAUGUGUGGCAUAUCCUUCAAUUACUCAUCCGGAUUACCUAUAUACAUGAGCAUUCAUACAGGAAAGAACCCUAAACUGAGAAGUACGUGGCAAAGUCUUCCACUUUCCAUCAUGAUUUUCAGAACACAAGAGCAUUCAUAUAGGAGAGAAACCCUACAAAUAUGAAAUAUGUGGGAAGAUCUUUCAAAUGUCACAGAUUCUUUCUGCUCAUUUAAUAAUCCAUUCUGGAAAGAAACCCCACUAGUUUGAAGAAUGUGGAAAAGCCUUAUAUAAGAUGUCAUACCUAAGUCAGCACAAAUUCACUCACACUGGAAGAAAGCUUCCAAAUGUGAUGAAUGUGGAAAACUAUUUAACUAUACCAGAAAACUUAAGGAGCAUCAAACAGUUCAUUCUGGAGAGAAACCCUACAAGUGUAAAGACUGUGACAAAGAAAUUAGAACUUUUAUAGCAUGUU